AUGGUUGUGCAAUUUAGUGCUAGCCCUACUAGUGAUGCCUGUGACUUGGUUCUGUCCAGUGGUUUCUUGGCAUUUGCCGGGCACGCGGGCUUUCUGCAGGCAGUGGAGGAGCUGGGAUUACCCGUGGGUGGAGUGAUGGGCACCUCUGCGGGCGCUCUGGCGGGCAGCCUCUACUGCGCCGGGUACUCGCCAAGACAGGUGGCCAAGCACUUGUCGGAACACACCCCCGCCUCCCUGCUGCGCCCUUCGGCGGCCCCCUGGCGGGGCGGGGCCCUCAGCCUGGACGGGGUCAUCUCCCGACUAAGAGACCUACUGCCGCCCACGUUUGAGGAGUUGGAGCGGGAGUUUGCGGUGGGGGUGGUGACUGCGGACGGGAGGCACCUUAUCAUCGACAGCGGGUCACUGCCCGAGGCGGUGGCGGCAUCCGCCGCCAUCCCCUUUGUGUUCCAACCCGUGGACGUACCAGGCCACCUGUCCCUCUACGGCCCCUUCAAGGACGGCGGAGUGGUGGACCGAGUGGGGCUACGGGCGUGGAGGGAGCGGCGGCGGUCGCAGCUCCGAGCCACCAACGGGUCCACUGCCCCCCGUCCGCCACCUCCCUGCCUGGUCCAUGUCAUUGACCGGAGCUCCCCGUUUAGCGGGCUGGAUGAUACAACCGCGAUGGGCGAGUCCCAUAUUGUGGUCGUGAAGUCACCUCGCUCCGGAGCCAACUUCUUUGAUUUGGGUUCGUUUGAGGAGCACAUGGAGGCUGCCCGGGAGCGAGCCCGGCCUCACCUAGCAGCUGUCAGGCGCAGUAUCAACAAUGGCAGUAGCAGCAGCAGGCGGUCCAGCGGGCCCGGUGGUGGGGGCGGCGGCGGCGGCGGCGGAAGCCCUGUCAACGUCGGCAACAGUAAUGGCAAUGGCAACGGCGCUGUCGUGGAGGAGACGGCGGCGGCAACGGCUGCUGCUGCCGCUGCGGCGGCGGCGGUGACGGUGACGGCGGUUUCUGACCCGGUGGUUCGUGCAACGUUGAUUUGAAGGCCGGGGCGGUGCGGGUCGGGAUUGUGGAGGCCGGUGUUGGCGGAAGGGCUGAUGUGUUUGUGUGCUCGGGAUCCGGCGUCUAGCCGCUCGGUAUGCUCGACGAGGAAGUACCAAUGUUGCUGUUGAAGCUGCUAUUUGAGGCUUGUCUUGUCGAUCCAAGAAAUAGCCUCUGCUGGGGGGAGGGCGUUUAAAGCAGAGGACUCCAGAAGGGGGAAGGUGCGACUGCUGGGGAAGGAGGGGGAUGAACGAAGAUUUGAUAGAUUUGUUUUUUUGCUGUGCAUGUGAAGUCUAAAACUUCCUGCGCGGUCAUACGUACGUCAGGAGCAGGACCGGUUAACCCUUGUGUGUGUGUGUGUGUGUAUGUGUGAGUAUGUGUGUGCGUAUGUGUAGUGGAGUGCCGGACUGUUGUAUCUGCGUGUACCUGGGUGAUGCAUGGUGGGUGGUAGCCGAGCAGCCGAGCGGAGGUCCAUCCCCUGCGAGCUUGCUGCCUCGCAAUGACCAGCAGUACCCGCAGUCAUGUCGUACAUUGGUCGCUGCUCGCCUCUUGGCUAUGCCGAGAGCUUUUACAGUACAGCUGUUAGCUCGUAUUUUUCGUGUUCCCACGCACACACGCACGCACGCAGACGUCUUGCGCCGUGACCGUACCGGACGUCGCCUUUGUGUAUGUAGAAGAAGGCCGAAGAACAACGAAGAAAGAAGAAGAUUAAGCAUCUGAGAGAAAUUGGUGAGCUUCACGCGGAGGAAAGACAAUCGUGUUUUUCCGGACCAGCUCUACUAAUAUCCAGUGACUGCCAUUGAGGUGGGGAUAUUGGUGUGAAAGAGAAUUGCUCUCUUUCUGUAAGGACGCCAUCGCCGUGUUUUUGACCG